CACUGGAGAGCAGAGCAGCAGGUCCAUCUCAGAUGACGUCUCACCAGCGGGAUGUCCUGAACUGCCCCCCUCGCCCCUCUACGUCUGUCUCCGCCUCUGCUCCAGUUACUACCACGUGGGGCUCUGCACAUCCACGGCGGGACGAGAAGUGGCUCUGGAACGCUGAAUUUAACUGGGGAGAAGGCUUUCCCACACCGACAGGCAGAGGGCGGCGAGGGCGAGCUUGCCGGGCCACCCUCCAGGGCUUUCUGCAGACCCGGGGAGGGGCGGCGCAUGGGCGUGGGCGUGGGGCGCACCCCGGCCCUCCCCAGCCGUAUCUGCAGGCGCGCACCCCGCGCGCCCCUAUUUCGGGGCAAACUCUCCGCUCCUAGCGCGCAGGACAGAGUUGAAAGCCGACCGCCCCGGAGUGGGAGGAGAAGAGCAGACACCGGAACGGGAACCCUGAGCGGAAUCCUGCGCCCGGGUCGCAGGGAGGAAGAAUCCACUGGCCCAGCCCCAUCCAAAUCAACGGGGCUAAACAGACACGCCCUGUGGUCCCCAGCGACAGACACGGCCCCGGCGACGCUACGACCACACCGCAGCCGCCAAGCCCCUCCUUUCGAGCAGCUCCCGGCCGCCGCUGCCAGCGGCCGAGGCGCACCCAUGGAGCUGGGCAUGGAGGGCGCGGCGGGCGACCCGUACCGGCGGCCGGCGAGGCGCACGCAGUGGCUGCUGAGCGCCCUCGCGCACCACUACGGGCUGGACCGCGGCGUGGAGAACGAGAUCGUGGUGCUGGCCACGGGCCUGGACCAGUACCUGCAGGAGGUUUUCCACCACCUGGACUGCCGCGGCGCCGGCCGCCUGCCCCGCGCCGACUUCCGAGCGCUCUGCGCCGUGCUGGGACUGCGCGCCGAGGGCGCCGCCGCCGGGGAUGGCGCCGAGGGAGACGCGAGAGGGGGGGAUGUCGCCGCCGACAGGGACUCGAACUCUGGGGUUGUGGUUGCCGACGGGGACACGGAUGCCGAGGAGGAGGCGCGCCUGGCGUUGCGCGCCGAGCCCCCAGAGCUCACCUUCCGCCAGUUCCACGCGCGCCUCUGCGGCUACUUUGGCACCCGCGAGGGGCCCCGGCUGCCCCGCGGCGCGCUCAGCGAGCACAUCGAGACGCAGAUCCGCCUGCGCCGCCCGCGCCGCCGCCGCCGCCGCCCUCCCCGCGCGCCCGGCCCCGACGGCGGCCCGGACGGCAGCGGCCCGGACGGCGAGCGCGUGGCGCGCCUGGAGGAGGAGAACGGCAGCCUGCGCGAGCUGGUGGAGGACCUGCGCGCCGCGCUGCAGAGCAGUGACGCGCGCUGCCUCGCGCUGCAGGUCGGCCUCUGGAAGAGCCAGGCGGGCGCCCCGGAGGCGGCGGCGCGGGAGCUGCGGCGGGCGCAGGGUGCGCUGGCGGCUGCAGAGGCGCGCGCGGGGUGGCUGCGGCGCUGCCAUGCCGAGGUGCGGCGACGCGCGGAGGAGGCCCGGCUGGCGGUGCUGCGCAGCCUGCGGCGCGUGCGCGAGCUAGAGGCCCUGGCUCGGCAGGUGCCCGGCCUGCAGCGCUGGGGGAGGAGGCUGGAGACAGAGCUGCGGCGCUACAGGGCAGAGGGGGUCCACGUCCCAAGCCCUCCACGAGCUAGCCUGGAGCCAGGAGACAAGAUUGACGAGCCUGAGGACACUGGGCCCCGAGACCCAGAUGCUACUCCAGAGGGAGCCUGGCAGUCAGAUGGCAGCUGGGGGAGCAGAGCCCUGGAUGAAGAGGACGAGCAGCUAUUCCGCUCUGUGGAGGGCCAGGCUGCCUCUGACAAAGAGGAGGAAGAGGAGGAGAAGUGGCGGGAGGUGGAGAGGCCGGCAGCCCAGGCUGAGGCACGGCCCUUGGGCUGCGGGAGCAGGUGUGACGACCAGACGGCAAGAAAGCUGCUGAUGUACUUGGGCCGCUGUGGUGAUGCUGAGCACACCUGCACCCCCGGAGAGCUGGAAGCCCACGUCGCCAGGCUGCUGGAGCAUCUGGACAUCCAGGGCUGCGAUGGGAAGAGCCUGGGACCAUGCGCGGAGGAGGCAGAGCUGCAGCAGAAGGUGGCCGAGAACGAGCACCUGCGGCUGGAGCUGCAGAUGGUGGAGACGGAGCGGGUGCGGCUGUCACUACUGGAGGAGAAGCUGGUGGAUGUCCUGCAGCUCCUGCAGAGGCUCCGAGACCUGAACAUAUCGAAGAGAGCCCUGGGGAAGAUUUUGCUGAGCACACUGGAUGCUUUCGGGGACCCCACACAGGAGGGGAGAUUGGGCCCCCUGGCCAUCCUGGACGCCCUGCACCAAGCCUUGGCUGGCUGUGAGCUCCUGCAGACAACUCCUUUGGGGCCCGGCUGCACAGCGCCUGCACUCGCCAACCCGCUCCUCAUCUCCUGCUGAGGUUGCUGAUCCAGCCCAGCAGCCAUGAGACCAGCCCAACCACCAUGGGGCAGUGGCAGUCUCCAGAUCAUUCUGGUCACUGUCAGAUUGCUCUCCCCAGCCAGCCUGACCUCCACCAUCAGAACACCCAGACUGGCCUCUGGCAGCUUCCCCUCCUUGAACUCCUAUGGCCCCCACUUCCUACCACCAGGGUACAUUAGAGCCCUGCUGUUGCUGGAUCAGCCUGCACCUGAUGCUGCCUCCCUGGCCUCGGAGCAGAAGGAGCACUUUCCCGCCUAAUGGCCUGCCCGCCCCCCUCACACACACACAUUGCUGCAAGGGAUCCUGGGGCCGACCUUCAGGACACACCUGGUCCAUUGGAAACUCCUGCCCCAGGAAAUGCUGAUGACUAGGAGGGGCUGGGGGACUCCAAAGAAGGAGCCAUCCCUGCAGGCUUCCUCAUGGGAGCUGGUGCUGAAUUCAUUCUAGAAAACAGGUAGGUUUUGGAUGGCAAAGGCGGAAAGGGCAUUGUGGAAGUAGCAAGAGCAAAGGUGUGUGAGCAGGGACCCCAUUAAUACAGUACCCGGAGCCCCCCUUCCGACACACACUAGGUACUGGUGGGACCCUUGUGGGGUCACAGGAAGAUUAAGACAAGGUGCCUGGUCUCACCUAGCUUGAGCUCAUGUAGGAAAGAAAGGCACAUUAGCUACAGGUACACUGUGGGUGAAAUCAGUGCCAAAUCGAGGCAAAAUAAAGAAUUAUGAGAACUCAACCAAGAGGGGUUUAUGUGAGGCAUGGAGGGAAAAAUGUAGGGCACAGGGGUGGUGGCAGGGAUGGAGGGCAUCUGGUCUACUCGGUCUGGGCUGGCAGGAAGGGCCAAGGGCCAGGCAUGGGGCCUUCAUGGCCGACCAGGAUCUAAGACUUGAUCCCACAGGCAAUAGGGAGCCAUAGGAGGGUUCGAAGCUGCAGGUGAGGAUGGACUAGAGGCAGGGAGAGAAGUGAAAAAGGGGCAGCAGAGGACUGUGGGAAUGAGAGAGAGCCACCAGGGUCUCGAGCCAGAGUCCCAGGGACUGGGUGGUGGGGAGGAGCCAAAGGGCAGCCGUGGAGAGACCUUGAGAGCACCAGGCAUUGCUGGGCAGGAGCAGCACAGGAGAGGGGAGGGAGGGGCUCGAAGGUCCUGUGUUUGGCCCUGGCCUCAGGCCCCGCCCGUUGGACACCACAGGAGGCACCAGAGAGCAGCUGCGAACUCCUAAUAAAGGAAACCAAGACCACCCCAUUUUCAGAUAGUUCCCUUGGAAAUGGAAUAAAAGGGAGCCCAGCCAGGGGCCAGCACAGAGGGGCCACCUCUGGUGCAGAUGGACAGGGUCUCUCUAUUUGGGAGGGUCCAACAGGCCCCACUCCCCCAGCUGUGCUGCACGCGUAAGCCCCAUGUGGGGCCCUGCUCAGUCAGAAGGCCAUGCUUGUGCUCACGCUUGUGGCUCCAGGCUCCUACAUGUAGGCAGGUGUGUGAGGUAAAACCUAUAGGGUGAUCCAAGCAGAGGGGAACUCACAUUUCCAUGGGUUCACCUCCAAGAACUCCAUUAUGUUCUCAUCUGGAAGACUAAAGAAAAAGUCCUGGCCUCUGGCAGGCAGACAGCAGGAAAUGAAGCCAGUUUGAAAAACACCAGAACAUUCUGUUUUUUUCAUUUGCAAUCCUGGGGACCAAACUCAGGGCCUGAUGGGUACUGAUGAAGCUCCCUACCACUGAGCUACACCCCAGCUCCAUUCUGGAAUUUGAGACCUAUUCUCCAGAGGUACUAUUUUACCAGAGCCUAACCUGGAGCAGUUUUAGUAGAGCCUAACCAACCCGAGGGAAAAGGAAUAUUUAUGUCUAGGUCCCUUGACCCAUCCUGUCCCACUGGAGAGUGAGAAAACUGUAGAUGUUCACAGCCCCGGGCACAGUCUCACUGAGAGACUAAGGACUAAUCAGAGCACUAUAUUUUAUCAAUUGGUGUUUUGUUGUUGUUGAUGAUGAUGAUGAGGUGGGGUCUUGCUAUUUUGCCCACUGGUCUCAAGCAGUCCUCCUGCCUCAGCUUCCUAAGUAGUAAAGACUAUAGGUGUGAACCACAGUGCCCAGCUAAUUAUAGUACUAGAGAACACUUCCCUUUCUGCUCAGAAUGUCCCUUACCACCUAUGACUGAAGGCUUAUUUACUGGUGUUUCUUUUACUCAGUAUAUCAUGUCUGUCUGUCAGAAAACUACAAGACAUACUAAAAGGCAAGAGGCACAGUUUAAAGAAGCAGAGCAAACAUCAGAACCAGACCCAGCUAUAGUAGAGAUUCUGGAAUUAUCAGAGUGGGAAUUUAAAACCACUAUGAUGAAUAGGGAAGGGCUCUAGUGAGAAAAGCAGACAGCAUGCAAGAACAGAUGGACAAUAUAAACAGAGAGAUGGCUGUUCUAAGAAAAAACCAAAAAGAAAUGCUAGAAGACAAAACCACAGUCACAGAAGUGAAGAAUGCAUCUGAUGGGCUCAUUAGUAGACUGGACACAGUGAGGAAAGAAUAUCUGAGCUUGAGGCUGUGUCACUAGAAAGUUCCAAAACUGAAGAGCAAAGUGGAAAAAGACCAAGGUGGAGUGGGUGGGUGGGCAGAAUAUCUAAGAACGGGGGGGGGGGGACUACAAAUAUGUUACUUAAUAUGUGAUAGGAACAUCAGAAAGGGAAGAAAAAGAGAAAGAAAUAUAAGCAAUAUUUAAGGCAAUAAGAACCUAGAAUUCUUCCCAAAUGUCAGACACCAAACCGCAGAUGCAGGAAGCUCAGAAAACACAAGCAAAAUAAAUAAAUAAAUUUAAAAAGUACACCUUGGCAUAUUCCAGCUCCAAAAAAAAAAAUAAAAAUCAAAGAUUGGGCCAGGGAUUUAGCUCAGUGGUUCCGGCAUCUGCCUUGCAAGAGCAAGGUCCUGAGUUCGAUCCCUGGUACCAAAAAUUAAAAAAUAAAAAAAUCAAAGAGUAAAAAAAAAUCUUGAAAGAAUCCACAGGAAAAAUAGCAUCUUACCUAACAGGAACAAAGGUAAGAAUUACACCUGACUUUUCAAAAAAUCAUGCACGAUGCAAGCAAGAUGAGUAGAGUGGAAUAUUUAAAGUGGGGAUGACGAAGGAAAAAAGCCUCAAAUUCAUUGUAUCUUUCAAAACUUUAAGGGGAAAUAAAGACUUGUUCAAUAAACAGAAAUUUAGAGACUAGUUCCAGGAUACCUGGCUUUGGAGAAAUGUUAAAGGAAGUUUUUCUGAGAGAAGGAAAAUUAUACAGGCCAAACUUGGAUCUAUUCAAAGAAGGAAGAGCACUAGAGGAGAUAUUUUAGUUGCUUUGCCAUUGUGGGUCCUCAAUUGUAGGAAGAAAGGUUCAGUCAUUCAUUCACUUUGAGACAGGGUCUCACUGUGUAGAUCAGGCUGGUCUGGAACUCACUAUGUAGCCCAGUCUGGCCUCAAAAUAGUAGCAGUCCUCCUGCCUCAACCUCCCAGGUGUUGGGAUUAUUGGCAUUUGCCAACACACCUGGCCAAAGAGGUUUACUUUGGCCCACAGUUUUGAGAUAGAAGAAACCACCAGACUCCUGCUGACAUCCAGGAGGGGUGUGUUCUGACAGCUGUCACCUCACUCCCUCUGAGGCCUGAGGGUGGACCGGGGUGUCUUCUGUCUCCCUGAAGUUACUUCAAGGCCAUCCUCUGGGUUGUGUAGACAGGUGGCUUGUCUCAUCUGAAAGCCCCAGCACCCCUCCCCAGCACCCAUGCUCUAAGGAGCUACUAGGAAUCAACCUUGGCAAGAUUAAGAUUGAGGUGGAACUGAGUCCCUAAAUCCUUAAACCCCAGUGGGCCCUGACCAACACAGCCAACCCUCCUGGAGACUCCUGGAAACCAGUGGCAGUCACAAUUUCAACUUCACCCUUUUCUCAGGGAAGUAGCAGCAAUUAAGCAACCACUUCUGCUAUUCCACGAAACUGUUGCCAUGACAUCUGGGUUGUCCUGGACCCCCUGCAUCCACUCUAAAUGUCUGCCACAACUACAGCAGGUUUAAAUUUGGGCCAAUCGCAGAUGACAGUGUGGCAGAUUGAAUUUGGACCAUUCACAGGGCUGGGAAAUGUACAAAACUGCACACAUGCACAGGCUGCUGCUGCUCUAUAUUAGCAGUCUUCCCCUCACACUCCUCAGGUUAGUGUAGCAGGCUCCCUCCAGUGUACUGACCAAGCCAUAGUACAGCACAGGCCCUGUCUAAAGCUUUGUCCCGGUGUUCCUGGAAAAAUCUGCUUGAAAUUCUUAUCCUGGGGAAAGUGGAUACAGCAUGUCAUUUUAAGAAGAGCUAUAAACACUAGGGGCUGCUGGCCUGAAGAGUUCCAAAGACUGACAGCAUUAACCAGUGGCAGCAACUGGCAGAGACCAGCAGCAAAAAGAGACAGACCUGCAGAGAGCCCCAGAGACAGUGGAAGCGGCUGGAGGAGCUCUAGAUAGCUGGCAAGGGGACCACAAACCUUGGCUUCUGAGGAGCUGAUAGGGUGGCUAAAAAAUCUGCUAAGAGCUGUAAUACUAGGGGCUGGGGGCUCCUGACACUCAGGGCCUGGAGCUAUAAUAUUCAGGAUUAAGAGCCAUUGGGACUCAAAGCCAGGAGCCACUGGUGGCACUGUAGUUUGCUAAUUUGUGAUUGUCAUCCAAAUUGAGCAAAAGAACCUUCUACUGAUUGGCAGCAGUUUCAGAGGGGUUCGGUCCAAGGUAGAAAUAGCAUGUGGAAGGGUCUGGUAGAGGAAAACUGCUCUCUCCAUGGCAUCCAGGAAGCAGGAAGAGAAGGGAGGAGAGAGGAACAAGAAUCCACCCUUUCAGGUCAGCCUCCCCCAGUGACCUUCAACUAGGCCCCGCCUCCUCACGGCACCAUCAGUGCAUGAAUCCACUGCUGAGUGUAACAUUCCCCAUCCAGUCACGUUCCAAAAGCUCCACCUCUGAAAACAAGACUUUUAUGUGAAAUUUUAAAUGUAACCCAUAAAAGAAGGAAUAACUGAAGAUAAAAUGAAAACUUUUAUUUUUCUUAUUCUUUCUUGGUCUAACAUAACAGUUUGUUCAAAAUAAUAGCAAUAAUAGAUGCAAUGGUUAUAUUUUAUAUAAGUGAAAUGAAUGACAGCAAUGACAUGGGGAUGAGAGAAGAAGUUAGGGAUAUUUUGUUAUUAUAAGGUACUUAAACUAGUCAUGAAGUAGUAUAGUGUUAUUUGAAAAUGGACUUGGGUUCAAAAUUUAUACUGUAAACUCUACAGCAACCAUUAAAAGAGAAAAAAAUGUAGUAGUAGAGUGGUGAUAGUAUAAUUGAUAAACCAGAAAAGCAGAGAACAUGGAAUUAUAUAAAAUAUUCAAUUAAAACCACAAAAGCACUUGAAGGGUGAGCCAGGAAGAUCACAAGUUCAAGACCAGCCAAGAUUAUUUAGUGAGAUGCUGCUUUCUUAAAAUAAAUUAAUAGCAAAUAACCACAAAAAGCAUGACAGGAACAAAAACAAGUGCAAUGAGUAGAAAACAGUAACAAACAGCGUAGAUAUUAACUCAAUUAUAUCAAUAUCACCUCAAAUAUUAAUGGUUUAAUUUUACCAGCUUGAAGACAGGUAUUGUCAUGGUGGAGUAAAAUAACCAUAAAUUAUGUAUUACCUGUAAGAAAUACAUCUUAGAUAUA